GAAAAAAACACUAUAAACAAAGACAAAUACAAAGCAUCUUCGAUGCAGAUAUUACGGUAUCAAUUACAGCAACCUUCUCAGUCCCGAAAAGUCCGAAGCUCAAAUAGUUCAAUGCCGAUUCUCCCAACACCACCGUCAUCGGAGCUUUCCUCCUCGGAUCUAUAACUUUCUUCUAAGGUAAUGUUAUACUGGAGGUUAGCUCAACCACUAUCUUGGAGGAGGUCAAGUCUCAGCUUCUGUUAUAUGCCUCAUGUUUCCUUCUUGUGGCAAUAAACCAAGCAGGAAGGGUUAUAAAUAAUGAAUAAUGGAAACGAGGAAGAUAUUUUGAGCCCUGAAAACUGUUCCAAAUUUUAGUGGAGGAAAAAAAAAUUUCUUAUAUUUUCUCAUAGACAUCACCUGCCUUAAUUAAAAUGGGAGAAACCCAACUUGAAGAGUCUGAAGCAACUAAUAGACAGAUCAGCAGUAAAACAAAGUCCGGUUCUAAACUGCCCAAGGCUGGGAAGCCCAGGGGUGAGAAGUCUACGACUGGGAAGCCCAGGUCUCAGAAGUCCACAGCUGAGAAGUCCACAGUUGAGAAGCCCAGGGUGGAGAAGUCCACCACUGAGAAGUCCACAGCUGAGGAUUUACCACCUGGCUGGAUAAUAGAAGUCAAAGAAAGGAAGAACAGCAAAAUCAAUAGAAAAGAUUUGUUAUAUAUAGAUCCAGAGAGUGGAUAUGUAUUCCGUUCCAAGAAGGAUGCACUGCGCUAUCUCGAGUCUGGAGAUAUAAGUUCGUGUGCGAUUAAACCAUUUAAACGGGAAAUCCAAGAUGAAGAUAAAUUAUCUCCGGCAUCUACAGUCAAAAAGCAGAAAAUAAAGCAGUCUGGAAUUAACCGACAACUUUUUGCCGGCAAAGAAAUAUCCGAUGAAAGCAGCUUAGAAUUGCCAGAUGCUAACAGCUCAGAAAAAAGGCAACAUGUGGAGGUGUCUUCUGGAAUGAUGGCUCCUUUUGUUCCUACAGGGGAAUCUAUUGGCCAAAUUCAAUCGUUAAAGAAUGGAGUUGCAUACCCUCCCAAAACAAAGAAAAUGUCUGAUCCAGAUGAUGUGCAAAAUAAGAAUGAUGUUGUCAAUGUGGUUGAAAAUGCUAGUAAGAAGAAUCACAGUAACCCUACUGUAUCAAAAAACAGGGGGUUCAGUGUGGCUCACCGGUCUUCGCCGAGACUUGCCGCAGCAGAACCUGACCAAUUGACUAACAGCCUGACCAGUGAACAGUGUCUUGAAGUUCCAAGAAGAAACUUGAGAAGAGGUAGUCAGGGUUUGGCCGCUGACGAUCACUCUUUGAAAGAAUCCAAAUUGCUUGCAAGUGAGAUUGCUAAAAGUGGAGAAAUUUGUUCCGACUUGAACAAAUCCAGCAACAAGAAAGAGCCUUCGGUUCCUCGGCGAGCAUCAAAAAGACUUGCUGGAUCUGAGCCUGAGCUGAUGAGCAACUCCCUCUCCUAUGAAAGAGCUCCGGAAUAUAAUAAAAGCAAAAAGUCUAAAAGUGGGAUCAAUACAAACUUGCUUUCACGUGAUGGUGAGGCAGGGCUGAAGCUUGUAGAACAUGGAUCAAUGAAUGGAUUGUCAUCCACCAGAGGGAGGAAACACCCCCAAACCUUGCCUGUAACCAAAGAUAAACUGGAUAAACGUAAAAAUGAGGAAAUGAAUGAUGAGAAAUCAGAACUUGAGCAAUCUCUGGCAUUCCAUUAUUCUUGGUCUGACCCAAGUUUGGAGUUUGCAAUUAAGACCCUCACUGGCACAUUACCUGCAGAGGAUUCAGUUGCUAACAGACCUAUAGUGAUUUCUGAAACAGAUAAGUUGCCUGAAAAUGAUGUGUUUAAGAAUGAUACAGGAAGCAACAGUGACAAAAAACCCAAGGUAAAUUCAAGUAAAUCCAAGAAGAAGAAAGAGCCUAAAGUGCCUACGCGAUUGUCUAAGCGACUUUCUGGCCAUGAUCCUGAGGUACUUCCUACUGAAACAGCACCUGAAUAUUCCACUAGAAAAUCAGGUAAGAAUAAACCAGAUGCAAAUGAGAUUUUAACUAAUGGAGCAUCCGGGAAGCUUCAUGCUGGGGAAGAAUCAUCCAACCUUAUUGUUCAUGCAUCUGACAUGUUGAAAACUAGCAAAUGUGGUGAAUCAUCGAAUGGUGAUGAGUUGCAAAAAUCACAAACUGUUCCCAAUGAACAACAACGGGGGCCUGAAGCUGAAAGUAUUAAUGAGAGAUCAGAGCCACAGUUCCCUGUACAGUUUGGGGACAACUGGUCGGAUCCAUGUGUAGAAUUUGCAGUUAAGACUCUCACUGGUUCGGUGACUGUUGAUGCUGCCAAUGUGCCUGUUGUGACACUUGAUGUCAAUGACCCACCAAAUGAGGAAUUGUCGGAGAAUGCAGUGCAGAAGAGCAGUGAUGCUGCUGCCGAUAACAACAAUCAUUGCCAGAUCAAGGAAGUGCUUAAUGCACCAGUUUGCCGGCCAUCGGAACAAUGCUUAGAGCAAGGGCAACCUGAGUUGGGAUCCAACCCUACAUCCUAUCAAAGUGAUCCUGCAUUUGCAAGUAGUGUGUCUUGCGGUGAUGAAGGCAAAAUAACAAGGAACUCUGAUGGGGGACAAUCUCUACAUGUUGAAGCUGGGAAUAUGACGCAAAUUGAUAUAAACACACUCUUUUUUGACGACCCAUUCACAGAAGAUGAACAGAUUCUUGAGGAUAAUUCUAUUGCAGAACAAGCACAGCCUGGAACAGAAGCUACAAACCGUGAUAACUCUGAAAGAGAGUUUUGUGUUUCCUUCAUGGACACUUGGUCAGACCCAUGCUUAGAAUUUGCAUUUAAGACUCUCACGGGAGAUAUCCAAGUUGAGGAAAAUAUGGCGGGGCAAGGAUGUUUCCCGGAACAUGCGAACCGACAUGACCAGAGAAAUGGUGGCUCGGCAUUACCAGAAAUAUCAAUGAGCCCUUCAUUCCUCUCCCGAAGUCACAUAGCAGAGAAAUCCGUGCUGCCACAACCACCAUCAUUGAGCCAUUCCUUCCUCUCCCAAAAUCACAUGGCAGAGAAAUCCAUGCCGCCACAACCACCAUCAUUGAGCCAUUCAUUCCUCUCCCAAAGUCACAUGGCAGAGAAAUCCGUGCCGCCACAACCACCAUCAAUGAGCCCUUCAUUCCUCUCACGAAGUCACAUGGCAGAGAAAUCCGUGCCGCCACAACCACCAUCAAUGAGCCCUUCCUUCCUCUCCGGAAGUCACAUGGCAGAGAAAUCCAUGCCGCCACAACCACCAUCAAUGAGCCCUUCCUUCCUCUCCGGAAGUCACAUGGCAGAGAAAUCUGUGCCGACACAACCACCAUCAUUGAGCCCUUCCUUCCUCUCCCGAAGUCACAUUGCAGAGAAAUCUGUGCCGACACAACCACCAUCAAUGAGCCCUUCCUUCCUCUCCCUAAGUCACAUGGCAGAGAAAUCUGUGCCGGCACAACUACCAUCAAUGAGCCAGCCCUUCCUCUCCCUAAGUCACAUAGCAGAUAAACCCAUGCCGGCACAACCACCAUCGAUGAGCCCUUCUUUCUUCCCCCCGACACAACAGUCAUCACAACAGUCAUCGAUGAACUCUUCAAUCUUCCCCGAAGAAAAAUCAAGCCAGCAGCACACAGGAACCGAUGCGCAGAGGCAUUAUUCUCAGUACAACAUUAAUUUUCAAAGAAGGUAAACACUCGCAAAACAUGAGCUUAAGUAGCUAAUUAUGAUUGGUAAUGGCUGACUCUAUUGUUGUAGACAACAAGACCAAUGUUUGUCUUAAUAUUUCUGGUCGAGGUUUGUGAAUACCUUCUGAAAAAUGAACUUAGACAUGAUGUAUUGUAUUGUACUAUUGUCUGCAAUCUGCGGAUAACAUCCAGGUUAUUUUAGCAUCAACUUUUGGGGCGAUGAUAAGGCCUCCAAGGUUAAAAAUCAUAGGAGAAGUUUCCAUAUUA